AUGUCUAAUAUUUCACAAGCUGAAACUGAGAGACCUAGUGUUUAUUCUGUGGCUGGGAUAGUAUUAAACAUUCUUGCUGCCAUAAAGAAUAAUAGCAUCGACGCGGUAAAUGAAAUUGACGUGGCAACGAACGAAGUGGAUUUUAGCAGUGACAAAUUGCUCGAAGAUACAGCAGUUGAGCAAACGCUUUGUGCCAUAUGGGAUUUAUCAAGUUUAGAAGAAUACGCAAAUAUACUUGUUAAUGAAUGUCAAAUUCACCGUAUAAUGUUAAAGUUAAUCACAUCUACAGCACGCAAUAGAACCAAAGAAUUAUCGUUAGGUGUUUUAGCUAAUUUGGCUUGUUUUCCUGAUAAAGCAAUGAUUUUAAUUGCGAGUUAUAAUUCUGAACAUGAAUCAACUCUAUCGGAAUUCUUAUUCAAUGAUGAUUUGUUGGCAAGAUUUAAUUAUUUUUUAAAAAACUCUUUAAAUGAUGAUCUAUUUUUCGUAAGUCUGGAGAUAUUAAGAUGCGUACUUUUUAUUGAAAUACCUGAACAAUCUAUUGAGAAGUUAUUUAUAGCAAUCAUAAAUCUAAUGAAUAAUUUGCUUGAAACUGGAUUGAUACCGCCCGAUGUAUUUGAGAGGAACCAUGAAACUUUAUAUUUAUUACAAAAUCGAACUGAAAACGAAUAUUCCGAUGAGGAUGAUGAUGAAAUACUCAGUCUUAUUGAAAUAUUUAAGAAUAAAAUAGAAUUAUCUAAAAAAAGAUGA